AGCGAACCGCUCCUCCCUGCUGCUUCCUUUCCCCAUGCGCCGCUUCAGCCAGAUGCCAGGCGACCCAUCGCUGCAUGCAACCCUCGCCGCGUCGCGGCUCUGCAGCUAUAUCUGGACGCCAAUCUGAUAUCGCUCUCGAAUCCGGGGCUGCGCUAACCGGCUUGUCAUCGAACCCGCCGCGUCUUUCUGCUGGCUCAGAAACCCGUCCAAAGAAGAAUCACAGGUGUCCCCGACCUCGACCGGAACGCGCCUCGCUCUGUCGCCGUCAUCGACCGCCUCCAAUGCCUCAUCCUUCCGCGAGCACCGAAUGAGCGACUUCGCCAACUACCGCAGGGAUCUGGCCGUGCUGGACCCUGGGGGCUCUCGCGCCCCCCAGAUCCAGCACAACCCACCGCCCUCUGCCGGCCAGGGCGCGAGCCAGAUCUCCCCGUGGAUGUCGUCCAACGGCGCCAACCAGGGCGGUGGCCCCGGCGCCAUCGCCCUCCAGACCACCUUUUACAACGACUCGAGCGACAACCUGUCGGUCAUGUCCCAGCUGUCGCCCGGCUUCCGCCCGCCCGGCCGUCCCUCCAUCUCGCAACCCUCUGGCCACGGCACCGAUGGGCUCGACGGCUCCUACUUCAACGACGAGCGCCGCCCUUCCAUCGCGAGCAUCACCACCACGGCGAGUAGCCAGGGCUCCAAGGCCAGUGGGAAUCGGGGCGGCUUCCGAAAGCUGCAGGGCUUCUUUGGAGAAGAGUUUCCUGGCCGAGACUCAUCCGAGACGAGCCUCCCUAACGCUUCGGGGAAGGACCGCUCCCACUCAUACAGCCGACCGUACCGCGACCGAAACUACUCCAACGCUACCGACCACACCAGGGACGCAUCCCCUUCGUCGUCGCGACCACGGACGCCAGUGCCCGCACCCGAGGUGGUGCCUUUUCUAUACCAGGAAGCCGAUGACAUCGCAAAAUACGGUGAAGCCCCUGUCCGGGAUAUCCUGUCUGGCCCUGACCGCGAACGUUACGUGACGGGCGAUUCGUCUCAGGCCCCACCAAAAACCUCGUCGUCGGCUCGCUCUGGCCAUUCAAUCGUGCACCUUCACGGCCAUCACAGACACAACAAGAGCAAUGAAGACUCGAGGGCAUUGCGCCCCACCAUAAGCCGAGAGGACUCCGGCGUACCUGGCUACAAGGACCGCAGCGGAUCGACGACGAUGGCCUCGUCAAGGUCCCGGGCCCAGAGCCCGGCGCCCAGCGGCCACAGCACCACCGGCUACUUCGCAGCCUCCAAGAGCGGCUACGAUGGUCAGACGUCGCCACCCGGCCAGCCUAAGAAGAGCAUAUUCGGGCGCCUCAAGAGGAGUAAGGAGAAGGACGACACGAGCUCGCUCAAGAAGAUGUCACCCUCGACCACAUCCCUCACAAGGAGGCCCUCGCGCCAGGAGUUCCCUGGCAGGCCAGAGGGUAUCACAACCAUCCCCCCGGAGUGGAAUGGUCAGCUUCCCGAACCGCCGCUCAACGAGUCGCCCGUCUACAGCCAAGGGAAGCCGGGCUAUCCUCGCCACGCGGCCUUCAAGUCCCCGUUCGUAAAAAAAGGGCGCUCCAACCGGUACGACGAACGCGACGAUGCCAUCGGGCCGACGGACCGACAGGAGGGACAAGGUGGCCCGGGCACCGUGUUCCAUCUUGAUACGAACCUUAGCGAUAUGGACGGGAUUCUGAGCAGGCCCCUGCCGUUGACCCCGAUGGAUGCCGAUUUCGUCCAAGCGGUCAAGGCCGGGAGGCUACAGGCGCCCAUGCAACGGAACGGCCGGAAUGGCGUGUGGGAUGCACCCGACAGCUGGGCCGUCAAACGCUCCGCCGAAGAGACGGCGCACCACUUCCCCGAAAACGACGACAUAGAAAGCCCGCCAAAGCCGGAGGAGAAGCUGACCCAAUACUGCAUCCGCGUCUUCAAGUCGGACGGCACUUUUGCGACCCUGCAGAUGCCUCUCGACUCGUCGGCCCAGGACCUUGUUGGCCAGCUGUCUAAGAAGUCAUACGUCACCGGGGGCCUCGAGUACCACAUCGCGCUGAAAAAGCACGGUCUCGUUCGCGUUCUGGGCUCGGCGGAGCGCCCGCUUCUUCUGCAGAAGCGGCUGCUGCAACAGGUCGGCUACGAGGAACGAGACAGGCUCGAGGACAUCGGGCGCGAGGACAACAGCUACCUCUGCCGCUUUCUUUUCGUGUCGUCGAGGGAGCUGGAGCCCGAGGCGCGCACUCAGGAUCUUGGUCUAGUGGGUCGCAACCAGAAGUUCACCCACGUCGAUCUGUCCGGGCGCAACAUCAUCCGGAUACCUAUAUCUCUCUACUCCAAGGUGACCGAGAUCAUCUCGCUCAACCUCUCUAAAAACCUGUCGCUGGACCUUCCCCGAGACUUUAUCCAAUCUUGCCAGAAUCUGCGUGACAUCAAGUUCGUCAACAACGAGGCCAGGAAACUCCCCGCCAGCCUCGGGCGCGCAAGCAGGCUCACGUACCUCGACGUGUCCAACAACCGAGUCGAACAUCUGGAUCACGCCGAGCUAAACAACCUAACGGGGCUGCUGAAGCUCAACUUGGCGAACAACAGGCUCAAGCGCCUGCCUCCCUACUUUGGAGCCUACCGAUCCCUCCGCACGCUCAACGUGUCGUCCAACUUCCUCGAGAAGUUCCCAUCGUUUCUGUGCGAUCUCGAGAGCCUGGUGGAUCUUGACCUCAGCUUCAACCUGAUUGGGACGUUCCCACCGUGCAUCCAUAAUCUGAGGAAUCUCGAGAAGUUUGUCAUCACCAACAAUAGGCUGAGCGGGACACUGCCCGAGGGCUUUCACCGGCUUGAGAACCUCAGGGAGCUGGACAUCAAGUACAAUGCGAUAUCGGGAAUCGACAUUAUCUCACAGCUCCCAAAGCUCGAGAUUCUCACGGCCGACCACAACGCCAUCUCCCAGUUCGUCGGUUCUUUCGACAGGAUAAGGAGCCUGAAGCUCAAAGACAACCCCAUCACCCGCUUUGAGCUGACGGCGACGGUGCCGACGCUCAAGUUGCUCAACUUGUCCAAUGCCAAGCUCGCCAGUGUCGCCGAUUCGUUCAACUACAUGAUCAAUCUGGAGAGGCUGGUCCUGGACCGGAACCACUUCGUCUCCUUGCCUGGUCAGAUCGGGAAGCUUCGCCGCCUGGAGCACUUCAGCAUCGCACACAACGCGCUUGCGGAGCUCCCGCCAGAGACGGGGUGUCUUCAGGAACUCAAGUUCCUUGACGUCCGUGGCAACAACCUAAAGAAGCUACCCAUGGAGAUUUGGUGGGCAAACAAGUUGGAGACACUCAACGCCUCCUCCAACGUCAUGACAGACUUCCCGAAGCCCGCAUCGCGAGCCCCGCCGGCGCCUGCCGAUCUGAACGGGAAGCCCGGGCUGAGCGGCAACCUGUCGGCCAAGCCGAGUAUGGAGGACAUGGACUCGGACGGUUCGCGGAGACCCAGCCAGACACCGUCGGCGAGCACGCUCCUUAGCGUGGGGCCGUCACCGGUGCCCGGGGGCCCCGAUCGCAAGAGCUCCGUGGUUUCGGUUUAUGGCAAGGGCGGCAGGAAGACGUCUGUUGUUUCCAGGAGUGCCAACUCCAGCUCGACCACCAUGCCCCAAGUGCCUAGCACGAGAAAGGACUCUGGCUUGUCGGCGCGCAUUACUAACACGUUCUCCGGCUCGCUCCGGAACCUGCUCGUUGCCGACAACCAGCUAGACGACGACGUUUUCGACCAGAUAAUACUCUUGGGCGAGCUCCGCGUGCUCAACCUGUCCUACAAUCAGAUCAGCGAUAUGCCCCAGCGAUGCAUAAAAAGCUGGCCGCAGCUAGCCGAGCUGUACCUGUCCGGAAACGAGCUCACGACGCUACCGGUGGACGACCUGGAAGAGUACAGCCUGCUGCAGGUGCUUCACAUCAACAACAAUAAGUUCACCAACCUGCCUGCAGACAUCUCGAGGGCCAAGAAGCUGGCGGUCCUCGACUGCGGCAGUAACUACCUCAAAUACAACAUAUCGAAUGUGCCCUACGACUGGAACUGGAACCUCAACCCGAAUCUGAGGUAUCUGAACCUGUCCGGAAACAGGAGGCUAGAGAUCAAGCAGACGGCAUAUAGCAAUACCUCGUCCAACAGGGAGCAGUACGCGGAUUUCAGUCGGCUCCAGAACCUCAGGGUGCUGGGCCUCAUGGAUGUCACACUCACGCAGCCUAGCAUCCCGGACCAGAGCGAGGACCGUCGUGUGCGAACGUCGGGCUCGCUGGCCGGAUAUCUUCCAUAUGCCAUGGCUGAUACGCUGGGGAGAAACGAGCAUCUUUCCACCAUUGACCUCGUGGUGCCGAGGUUCAACUCGUCUAACACCGAGACUUUGCUCGGGCUGUUCGACGGACAGGCUCUCUCCAGUGGCGGCUCUAAGAUAGCCAAGUAUCUACACGAGAACUUUGGGCACAUUCUGGCCCACGAGUUGAGAGACCUCGCCGAGAAGCGCCCCAACGACACUCCUGAAGACGCGCUGCGCCGGGCCUUCCUCUCGCUCAACAAGGAGCUGGUGACGAUCGCGACGCAGAAAAGUGAAGACAGGCCAUCGAUGGCGCCCCGCACAGCUUCGGCACCCAUUGUUCUGAACAAGGAGGAUCUCAACUCUGGCGGCGUGGCGACGGUGGCUUAUCUGCAAGGGCAAGAGCUCUACGUGGCCAACGUCGGAGACGCGCAGGCAAUGAUGAUCCAGUCAGACGGUACCCACAAGAUGCUGACCCGGAAGCAUGACCCGGCGGAGCCGACGGAGCGGUCCAGGAUCAGGGAGGCCGGAGGAUGGGUCUCGCGCAACGGGAAGCUCAACGACCUGCUCGAGGUCUCGAGGGCUUUCGGCUACGCAGACCUGAUGCCGGCGGUGCAGGCGGCGCCGCAUGUCAGCCACGUGACGGUCAGGGAGCAGGACGACAUGAUCCUGCUUGCGACGCGCGAGCUGUGGGAGCACCUGGCGCCGGAGCUGGUGGUGGACAUUGCCCGGCAGGAGCGCGAAGACCUUAUGAGGGCGGCGCAGAGGUUACGCGACCUGGCCAUAGCAUACGGCAGCACCAACAAGAUCAUGAUUAUGAUGAUCAGCAUCGCCGACCUGAAGCGCAGGAACGAGCGGUCGCGGCUGCACCGGGGCCAGAGCAUGUCGCUCUACCCGUCGGGCGUGCCCAACGACGCCUACAUGUUUCCGCCGCGGCGUGGGCGCAAGGCCAAGGGCGGCGAGGUCAUGGACUCGACCCUGCAGCGGCUGGAGACGGAGAUUUCGGCACCGACGGGCAUGAUCGCCAUCGUGUUUACCGACAUCAAGAACUCGACGAACCUGUGGGAAACGUACCCGCAGGCCAUGCGGUCGUCGAUCCGGCUGCACAACGAGAUGAUGCGGCGGCAGCUGCGUCGGAUCGGCGGGUUCGAGGUCAAGACGGAAGGCGACGCCUUUAUGGUGUCGUUCCCGACGGCGACGUCGGCGCUGCUGUGGUGCUUCGCCGUGCAGAUGCAGCUGCUAGAGGUCAACUGGCCCUCCGAGAUCAUCAACUCGGUCUCGUGCCAGCCGAUUCUGGACAAGGAUGAUAACGUCGUCUUCAAGGGCCUUUCGGUGCGCAUGGGCAUCCACUGGGGCGAGCCGCUGUGUGAGACGGACCCCAUCACGCGACGAAUGGACUACUACGGCCCCAUGGUGAACAAGGCGUCCCGCAUCUCGGCCGUGGCCGACGGCGGUCAGAUCACCGUGUCUUCCGACUUCAUAUCCGAGGUUCAGAGGUGCCUGGAGACGUACCAAGAGGCGCCGGGCGCCGGGAGCGGGAACGCGGCAGAUGAUGCUGGCGGGCAUGGGAGGGGUUCCGAGACCAACGGGUUCGACGACGACACGUUUGCGCACGCGAUCCGCAAGGAGCUGCGGUCUCUCAGCAGCCAGGGGUUCGAGGUCAAGGAAAUGGGCGAGCGCAAGCUCAAGGGCCUCGAGAACCCGGAGACGAUCUACUCGCUGUACCCGCACGCGCUGGCGGGCCGGAUCGACACGCACCAGGCGUUCGACCAAAAGCAGAUUGCGGCGACGGCGCCGCCGGCGCCUGCCAGAGAAGAGCCUCCCAACAAGCCGGCGGCUCUGAGCCCCGGCUCGGAACUGGCCUUCGAUCCCCAGGCGAUAUGGGCCCUGUGGAAGGUGAGCCUGCGGCUGGAGAUGCUCUGCAGCAGCCUCGAGUACGUGGGCGCCAAGAGCCUGCAACCCCCAGAGACGCUAUUGAUGGAGAGGAUGAAGCAGAGAGGUGGCGAGGUCACGGAGAGCUUUGUGGUGAGAUUUAUGGAACACCAAAUCAGCCGUAUCGAGACCUGUGUUGCCACCCUCGGCAUCAGGCAUCUUGCCGCCGGCAGCGGGCCAAUCUCGCAGCUCGAAGAUCUCCGCGGGCCCAUCUCCGAUAUACUAUCCAACGUGGCCAAGCAGCUUGCGGAACUCCAGCAAUACAAGGCCCUAUACGGCGAGAUUGGAGCAGGUGCCUGUGGCAGCAAUGCUCAAGUACAAUGAUGCUCACAGUGCACUUGGUCGACCUCAUCCCCAUCCACGCACCGCCUCAUCGCAAACACGUAUACAUGAACAUCCUCCUGCGUUUCUUUCAGCUGAAGCUCAGCUCAUUUGGGCAUCAUGACUGCUUUGGUCCCGUUCUUUGGGCCUGUCUUAUAUACCUCAACAGUUGCCUUUUCAUCCCCUGUUUACCACUUUUUAUUAUCUUAUUGGCUGGUUGGCUUGCUGUAUUCUCUUUUUGGGUAUCAGGAGUUGGCUGACGUUGGAAAGAAAAAGCAUUUGCCACGUUAUAGCGGAGCAGGCGCCUUGCUGUGAGUCUGUACCAUCCUGUCUGCUUUCUGGCAGGCAGGUCGCACGUUUUGUAAUCCCGGUUGACGUGGGGUGGGUGAAUGUUCUUCUGUUUGUCUUUCUCUACCUGGGUCCAGUCGUUUGAUCGGGCCUUGCUUCUUUUUGUCACCCAACCUGUUUUAUUUGCCUCUCGGCCUGUUUUCCUUCUCAUCCUUAUUUCUUUCUUCCUUGUAUCGCAAACGGCUGGACUGUGUAUGACUCUGAUGGGCGAAAGUGACUCGGGAAGAUUCCCAUCCGUUCCUCUAGAGUGGACAAGACGGGGGAUGGCGUUUUCAUAUAAUUUACUCGUUUCUUAUCCCUCUAGAGACCUCGGAAUUUCUUGUGGAUUUGGAAGGGACUAAGGGCCAUGGCUAUGGCAUCGUCUUGUCACAGCUCAGCCACCUGGAUGGAAUGGCAAUAUCAAUAAACUCACAAAAGGGGUGGGACUUGACAGUGCUCUGGCUUGUCUAUCAAUCACACCGCAUACCUACCGACUGCCUCCUCCUACUACUACUACUCUACACAUACGUACUCUAAUAAUCGACAUAUCACAAACGGGAAAU